UCCUUCAUCUGCUUCUUCUUCUUCUUCUUCCACCACUGUUCCGCUCUUCACCAAGAAACCCACAAACCCAGAAAAGCGAAAACCCAAAAGAGACAGAAAGAUCCGAUUUUUAUUGCGGUUCACCCAACCUCGAACCGUCUUCAGGACCCAACCGCAAGAAGACCAUGUAUUUACACUCCCAUUUACUCCAAGCAUAAUCCUCCCACUCUCUGCCGGAAGAGAGAGAGAGAAUCAAGAAGACCCAUCUUCUGCAUCUGCAUUUCUUGGUCCCCCCCACCCCAACCAGCUCGGGAAGAAGGGAUCUCUCCCCAACAAUGCAGUUUCGAAUUCUUGCCUUCCUUGGCUUUUUCGCCGUUUCGGCCUUUCUCGUCCCCUUCGCGGAGCCAGAUCUCGCGUCCGACCGAGCGGCUCUCCUCGCGCUGAGAUCCGCCGUCGGUGGCCGCACUUUGCUCUGGAAUGCCAGCCUCCAGAGCCCCUGCUCGUGGGCGGGCGUCCAGUGCGACGCGGACCGGGUCACCGCCCUCCGCUUGCCCGGCGUCGCCCUGUCCGGCCAAAUCCCCGGCGGCGUCCUCGGUAACUUGACCAAGCUCCGUACUCUCUCGCUCCGGCUCAACACGCUCUCCGGCCAGCUCCCAUCAGAUCUCGCGUCCUGCGUCAACCUGAGGAACCUCUACGUGCAAGGUAAUCAGUUCUCUGGCCCGAUCCCUGAGUCACUCUUCAGCUUGCGCGAUCUCGUGAGGCUCAAUUUAGCGUCCAAUAAUUUCUCUGGGGAGAUUCCUGUUGGUUUCGGCAACUUGACUAGGCUUAGGACUCUCUUUCUUGAGAACAAUCAGCUGUCCGGGUCGAUCCCCGCUGAGCUGAAGCUGCUCAAGCUCGAGCAGUUCAAUGUCUCUAACAAUUUGUUAAAUGGGUCGAUACCUGAGAGCUUGGGGACUUUUGCUACCUCUUCGUUUUCGGGUAACUCUCUGUGCGGGAAGCCGCUGGCUUCUUGCUCUCAAGAUAUUAAUCUGCCUGCCGGCGAGCCGUCUGGUAGUACUGAGAACAGAGGAGGAAAGAAAAAGAAGAUUUCUGGGGCUGCGGUUGCGGGCAUUAUAAUUGGGUGCGUGUUCGGGUUUAUAUUCCUGGUCAUACUGUUCAUCUAUCUGUGCCGGAAGAAGGGUAGCAAGAAGACUAGAUCUGUGGACACGGUGACCUAUAAGCACCAGGAAUUGGAGCUUCCAGCUGAGAAACCGGUCGGGGAGGUCGAGAAUGGCGGUUACAGUAAUGGGUACUCCGUGGCGGCAGCUGCAGCUGCGGCCAUGGCAGGAAGUGGAAAGGGGGAAGUGAAUGGUAGUGCUGGUGCCGUGGCAAAGAAGUUGGUCUUCUUCGGUAGUUCUGCAAGGGUGUUUGAUUUGGAGGACUUGUUGAGGGCUUCGGCGGAAGUUCUCGGGAAAGGGACCUUUGGAACGGCUUACAAGGCGGUUUUGGAGGCCGGUAUCACGGUGGCUGUGAAGAGGCUAAAGGAUGUCAACGUGGCUGCAAAGGAAUUCAAGGAGAAAAUUGAAGCAGUCGGAGCGAUGGAUCACGAGAAUCUGGUUCCUCUGAGGGCAUACUAUUACAGCAAUGAUGAGAAGCUUCUCGUCCAUGAUUAUAUGCCUAUGGGAAGCUUGUCUGCACUUUUACACGGAAACAAAGGAGCAGGUAGGACUCCGCUGAACUGGGAAAUCAGGUCUGCCAUUGCCCUUGGAGCCGCCCGUGGCAUAGAGUACCUACAUUCCCAAGGUCCAAACGUCUCCCAUGGAAAUAUCAAAUCCUCCAACAUCCUUCUCACGACAUCAUACGAUGCACGAGUGUCUGACUUCGGCCUGGCCCACCUCGUGGGGCCUUCCACCACUCCAAACCACGUUGCCGGCUACCGAGCACCAGAAGUCACCGACCCUCGUAGAGUUUCCCAAAAGGCCGACGUCUAUAGCUUCGGGGUGUUGCUUCUGGAGCUCCUGACUGGGAAGGCGCCUAUUCACGCUCUCCUCAAUGAGGAAGGUGUGGACCUCCCAAGGUGGGUCCAGUCCAUUGUUCGCGAGGAGUGGACUUCUGAAGUCUUCGAUCUCGAGCUCCUGAGGUACCAGAACAUUGAGGAGGAGAUGGUUCAGCUAUUGCAGCUCGCGAUAGAUUGUGCCGCCCAAUAUCCCGAUAAGCGUCCUUCAAUGUCCGAAGUGAGGAGCCAAAUUGAGGAGCUGUGUCAUUCUAGCUCGCAGAAAGAUCGCGCCCCACAGCUCGACCAGGUCAAUGAAGUGAAUGAUGGCACAUCUUCUCGGUGAGUUGAUUUCUGAGACUGGCGAGCAAAAUUCCCGAAGGAUCAUCUUGCAACAUUAUGUCCACAUCCAGCAUCAUAAUCUGGCUUUUCUUCUCUAUUUUUCUGUUCUAUGUCAAUUCGGGCCUCUUUCUAAUGUCAUUACGAGGCAAUAGUCUUUUCCCCUUUUUCCUCUCAUCAUUUUCUGUAAUUCCCCAUUGUGCUACUUUUUUUUUUUUCAUCUUCUCUUCAUUUAUGCUUUUGGGGUGGAUAUCAGUUAAAUUUGUUCUUGUUGGUCAGUAUGUUGGAUCAUGGUUUCUUGUAAUUAUUACUCAUGCUUUUGCUUUUGCUUUUGCUUUUCCCCCUUUUGCUUUUGAUGCAACUUCUCAUCCGUUCAGAGUGAGAUGUUUCAUUUGCUUCUUAGGA